AUGCCCCACAGACCAAUCUUCCCACUUCGCGCCCCGUCUUCCCCUCCCCCUUCCCGCCCUUCUCCACUUUCUCCGCACCUCGCCCCCUACCGCCGAACCCCUCUCGCCUGCACCCUGCUCCCUGUCCCCCGUUUCGCCCACUCCUUCCAGGCAAGCGCCAUUGGCGCAUCCCUCCCCGCGCGCGUGGCGCGCGAGGUGGCGCGGGAGCUGAAGGCGCUGCAGCAGAGCGUGCUGGAUGGCAUCCGGGUCAUCUUUAUCGCCUUUCCAUUUCCUUCCUCUUCCAUUUCGCCAACCUUCCCCCCAACCACCUUCCCCCUUUCCCACCUUCCCCCUCCCCCUUCCCCCCUCUUCCCCUCCCCCCCCCCCCCCUCGCUUAUCGUCGCGUUGCGCCGUGCCGAGUUAUCAUGCGCAGAGGGCACGCCGUACGAGGGCGGCGUGUUCCGCAUGAAGCUGCUGCUCGGGCGGGACUUCCCCAACGCCGCCCCCAAAGGCUUCUUCCUGACGCGCAUUUUCCACCCCAACGUGGCCAAAAACGGCGAGAUCUGCGUGAGCGUGCUCAAGAAGGACUGGAAGGCCACCCUCGGACUCAAGCGCGUGCUGCUGGUGGUGCGCUGCCUGCUGAUUGAACCUUAUCCCGAGUCCGCACUUAACGAGGAUGCUGGAAAGCUGCUUCUGGAGGACUAUAACGCUGGCAAAAAUCCAGCUGGGAGUGCCGGUAUUUCUCCAGCCCAUCACACACCCCUCGCAACCAAUCGGUCACUUGCAAACGCUGACUCAAGACUGCAGGCAAAGGCAGGAAAUGGUUCAGCAGCAGCAGCUGUGGAGGAGCCUGUGGCAGCAUCAGGCACGGGUGGUGGUGUGGUGAAGGCUAAAGGGAAGGGAGAGAACACGAGCCGGGGUGGGACGGACAAGAAGGCUGAUUUGAGAAAGAAGAGCCUACGGAGACUGUAG